UUUGAAAAAGUGCCUUCAUGGACUUUGCUAGUUCUCGCUCCUCUUCGUCUCUCCCUCCAGUCUCACCUCCUCCCACGACUUUAUCACUUUCCAGUUCUUUGUCUCUUCUCUGUCCUGCGCUGCAGGCUGUGCGUCCAGCGCUUCCUUCAGGCAAGCCCUGCCUCCUCACUUCUCCAGCUGUAUUAGUGGAACUGCUCUCCUCCUCCGCCUCCACUUCUCGGCCCCCAAACCUUGGUCAUCUUUGGCAACCGUCCUCUUCUGUGCCCCUCCAUCGUGCCGCCUCAUUGGCCAAAGUCAGGCAGUUCCAGCUGAGUGAGGAGUUGGACCAGGUGGUUGAGAACUCAGAGCGGGCAGACGAGCAGGACAAGGAGACGGUCAGAGUCCAAGGUCCGGGUAUCUUACCAGGCCUGGACAGCGAGUCCGCCUCCAGCAGCAUCCGCUUCAGCAAGGCCUGCCUGAAGAACGUCUUCUCGGUCCUACUCAUCUUCAUCUACCUGCUGCUCAUGGCUGUGGCCGUCUUCCUGGUCUACCGGACCAUCACAGACUUUCGUGAGAAACUCAAGCACCCUGUCAUGUCUGUGUCUUACAAGGAAGUGGAUCGCUAUGAUGCCCCAGGUAUUGCCCUGUACCCCGGUCAGGCCCAGUUGCUCAGCUGUAAGCACCAUUACGAGGUCAUUCCUCCUCUGACAAGCCCUGGCCAGCCAGGUGACAUGAAUUGCACCACCCAGAGGAUCAACUACACGGAUCCCUUCUCCAAUCAGACUGUGAAAUCUGCCCUGAUUGUCCAGGGGCCCCGGGAAGUGAAAAAGCGGGAGCUGGUCUUCCUCCAGUUCCGCCUGAACAAGAGUAGUGAGGACUUCAGCGCCAUUGAUUACCUCCUCUUCUCUUCUUUCCAGGAGUUCCUGCAAAGCCCAAACAGGGUAGGCUUCAUGCAGGCCUGUGAGAGUGCCUAUUCCAGCUGGAAGUUCUCUGGGGGCUUCCGCACCUGGGUCAAGAUGUCACUGGUGAAGACCAAGGAGGAGGAUGGGCGGGAAGCAGUGGAGUUCCGGCAGGAGACAAGUGUGGUUAACUACAUUGACCAGAGGCCAGCUGCCGAAAAAAGUGCUCAGUUGUUUUUUGUGGUCUUUGAAUGGAAAGAUCCUUUCAUCCAGAAAGUCCAAGAUAUAGUCACUGCCAAUCCUUGGAACACAAUUGCUCUUCUCUGUGGCGCCUUCUUGGCAUUAUUUAAAGCAGCAGAGUUUGCCAAACUGAGUAUAAAAUGGAUGAUCAAAAUUAGAAAGAGAUACCUUAAAAGAAGAGGUCAGGCAACGAGCCACAUAAGCUGAAGUCACCUCGCGUUGUUUAGAGAACUGUCCACAUCAAUGGGAGCUGUCAUCACUUCCACUUUGUAAACGGAGCUAUCAACAAUCCUGUACUCACUUGAGGAAAUGGGGCCUUGCUGGGAGGAACAGCAUGUAAAACUGGAACUUCUAACCCCGCCCCAAAAGAGGCAGUGUAGAGCCUAAUAGAAGAGAGCUAAUGGAUAAACCUACAAGUUAUUUAAAUAUUUAAAUUAUUAAUAAACUUUUUAAAGAGCUGGCCAAUGACUUUUGAAUAGGGUUUGUAGAAGAUGCCUUUCUUCCUGUUUGGUUCAUUGUAUUGUAUUAGGUUAAGCUCUACUAGGGUAAUGAAGGCUCUACUUUUCACUUUUUAAAAGUGGACAAAAGAGUGUGAUUUUCUUUUUCCAAAAAUUCCUGAGUAUCAAGACGUGCAGGUCAUGCUUUGGAGCCUAUGCACUGUACACAAAGGCAAAACCCUAUGACUUUGGCAUCAUCUGCCAUUGAUGUCCAGCCUCUGACAUGCUCUUUGAUUUGUUAAAUGUUAAAUGAGAGUUUAAGGCUACUAGAAACUAGUAAUUAAGUUUCUUAAUGGACUGAGUAGCCACCUACUUGUCCGGCUAGAAUGUUUGUUGAUGUAUGAGUUUAGAUUAACACUCAAAAGCACUAGGACAGAUGUACAUAGUAGGUGCCUACUUAUUGUAUUUUGAUGAUUUCAUUAACAGGUAAAUAAAAGUUAAUACAAAAGGAA